AUGCAUUCGAAGCUUGCAACAACCACAUCCGAUUCCGAUCCAGAAGACUCUUUCAAUGACGUUGUCCACCUAGAUGACUCUUGGUUCUACGGCCCACCAAGAAAGAAGCAAGUGUUGAACUGUACGACUAAGGAAAACUUGAUACCAUCAACUCUGGUCAAUCCAAAACGACCUUCGCUAGUUGAAAAAAGUUUUGGAGAGAUGGAAACGUUUUCCAAGCAACGCUCGGCUAUUGGAAAACUUGAAGAAUCUGUAAAAGUUUUCAAAAAUUCUCGAAUAUUUAGCUUUGAGAAGCCGGAACAAACAAAUGGUGAGCGACGUUAUCUUGUGAGUACUCUGGAGCGCUUUUGGUCUUGGUAUGAAACCCUAAAAGAUCGUCACUUUUAUGAGCUUAUUACCGAAUCGUCACCAUGUCGCCUUUACUUUGACCUCGAAUACUCUAAAGCUACUAAUGCCAACAUUGAUCAUGAGGCGGCUUAUAACUACUUCAUGAACACGGUGCGACGUUUGUUACAUGAUGAAUUUGACAUCGAAGCGGAACCAGCGAAGGAUUUUCUCGUACUCGACAGCUCAACGGAGAGUAAAUUUUCUGCUCAUGUCAUCUGUCAUCUACCUAAUGGAUACCUCUUUCCAUCUAAUGCACGUUCUUGUUUUCAUUGUGGACUUUUUUUUGAAACUGUUUUGUUCGACAACUCAGUGUACACCAAAAACAGGAACUUUCGUUUGUUUUUAUCAUCUAAACUUGGUAAGAACACAAUAUUCAAGCGAUAUGAGUUUUUGUUCGAGGAGAAUCAGUCGUAUUACUUAGGUUCUAAAAAGCCGUCUGAUCGACAAGUGUUCUACGAUUCGAUUUGCAUUCCUGCGAAUGCGUCCGAAUUUCCGUUACUAGGAAUGAAAGAUAUCAUUGGAAACGAAUUGCAGAGGUUUCAUGGUAUUCAGUGUAGGGAAUUCAACUUGUAUUUAACUCUUUACCAUGUGAGAAAUCUUUGUUUAGAUCCUGCAAAAUACUCUUCGGUUAAACUAAGGGAAGGCUCUGGACCAUCUCCUUAUAUCCAACUCGAUGAAUUUAUGCUUAUGCUGUGGAAGAAAUGGAAUCCCUCCGCUUAUAUUAGACAGUGGAAAGUGGUGAACGAUAGUAGUGAAGAGCGAGUUGCAGCUAUAAUAUACUAUGUAUUUACGGAUGAGUUUCGUGAAGAAGAGGUUAGAUGCGCUCAAGAAGUCGGUCAAAUGGCAAAUUUUAAAGGCGUUUUAACAAUUUCUAUAGUUCUAUUUUUAGAAUAUGGGCCUGCAAAUUGUCGUUACUGUUUCAAUAUUGGUCGGGAGCACAAAAGUAAUGGCACAUUUUGGACAGUGAACUUGAGCAGGUAA